CACAUAGCAAAUACCCUCAGCAUUCGUUCAACUUCUUUGUCCUUCUCCUUCUUCAUUUCCUUUCGCAUUUUUUGAAACAUUCGUCACUCUUUUCAGCAAGUAUUUCGCUACAAUGUGGGCUGGUUCCUCGAUGAUGAAGAGUGCGCUUACAUCAACGCUGUUGGGCCUUCUGAUGGCCAACUACGGGCCCAUGGUUCACGCCAGCCCUAUCGCCGCCGAACUAGGCCAACUCAUCGACCCGCGCGCGCCAGGCGACCGCGCCCUCGAAGACGGCUACCAAGACGCAAAGCGCAACAACCGAUUCGUCAAGCCGAGCAGCAACAACCUCUGGCCCGUCAAGGAGGGCACCACCUGGUACUCGACCUCCGAGUUCAAGGGCUGCUCCAUCAUGAUCGUCAUGGAUAAGGAGGCCAUCGGCCUGCAGCACAUCCGCCGCGGAACUGCUGAGGAAUGCCCUCUGCACGACGUCAAGCUCGUCCAGCAUCAGAUCCACACGAGGCUUAUGUACUGGAGCGAGAACGACGCUGCGAACAUUCGCUCCUGCGACACGAGGGCCGUCGUCAUCGGCUCCGUUAAGAAGGACUCUGUGGGUGUCAGGAGGCUGAGUAGUAUCCUCGGGGGCGAGGAGGAGAUCAUGAACCCGAGGUACGCGUACGUCGAGCUGGACAGGGAGAGCCCGGAGAACGAUGAGAAUGAGCAGCCUGGUCCGCAAAACAAGGUCGCGGUCAAGGUUGAGAAGAAGUCGUCUGGCGAGGUCACUAUGGAGAUAUACACGAUGAGCAAUUCACCCAACGCCACCAUCACCUGGAAUCAGCAGGGCAAGGUCGACGAUGAGCGUUGGCCCGAUGAGUGGAGGUUCUGAUCUGUGUAUUCUUCUUCUAAUUCUCUUCGUAUCGUUUUGUCAUGGAGGUUUUUGGAUG